GUGAUCCACCGCAACAGAAAUCUUGACAUUUAUUUGAAGUUUGAUUUUGGAUCGUAUAGCCGCAAUCUUAUCCCACUCCCCUCCUCUCCUGUUUUUAUCUCUGAGAGGACGGCCAAAGGAAGGGCAGAGAAGGGAAAAGCUGGUGCCUUUCUCUAGCGGAGUUGCCAGAUGGAGCGGUGGUGGUGUUUGAUGGUGGUGGUGGUGGUUGUGGUGGCGGUGGUGGGGAGGAGAGGGGAGGGCUACCCGGAAGAGGACCUGGUGGUGAGAUUGCCUGGGCAGCCCAAAGUGGGGUUCAGGCAGUACGCGGGGUAUGUGGAUGUCGAUGAGAAGGCGGGGAGGACUCUCUUCUAUUACUUUGCCGAAGCCGAUGGAGAUGCCCACGCGAAGCCGCUCACCCUCUGGCUCAAUGGCGGCCCAGGUUGUUCUUCAGUUGGAGGGGGUGCUUUUACUGAGCUUGGUCCAUUUUUCCCUAGAGGUGAUGGACGGGGUCUUCGAUUAAAUAAAAUGUCAUGGAAUAAAGUUUCAAAUCUCCUUUUUGUUGAAUCUCCUGCUGGAGUUGGAUGGUCUUACUCCAAUACAACUUCUGAUUAUAACUGUGGAGAUGAAUCAACUGCUAAUGACAUGUAUAAAUUUCUUCUGCGAUGGUAUGACAAAUUUCCAGAGUUCAGAUUGAAGAACUUAUUUCUAACUGGAGAAAGCUAUGCAGGGCAUUACAUACCACAAUUGGCCAAUGUUCUUUUAGAUCAUAAUCAGCAUUCCACUGGUUUCAAGUUCAACAUCAAAGGAGUUGCGAUUGGGAACCCACUUCUUAAGCUUGAUAGGGAUGCUCCAGCAACAUAUGAGUUUUUCUGGUCCCAUGGUAUGAUAUCUGAUGAAAUAGGCCUCACAAUAAUGAACCAAUGUGAUUUUGAAGAUUACACCUUCAGUAAUCCACACAAUGUGAGCAAAGCAUGCAAUGAUGCCAUUGAGAAGGCAAAUAUUAUUGUUGGGGAUUACAUAAAUGAAUAUGAUGUGAUUCUAGAUGUCUGUUACCCAUCAAUUGUGGAACAAGAGUUGAGAUUGCGAAAAUAUGUUACUAAGAUGAGUGUUGGCGUUGAUGUUUGCAUGUCAGUAGAAAGGUAUUUUUAUUUCAAUCUUCCACAAGUUCAGCUUGCUCUUCAUGCUAACAGGACAAAAUUGCCUUAUUCUUGGGGCAUGUGUAGUGGGCUCCUGAACUACAGCAGCACAGAUGUUGAUAUCGAUAUCCUGCCCUUGCUCAAGAAAAUAAUUAGGCAUGGCACACCAGUCUGGGUUUUCAGUGGUGACCAAGAUUCUGUUGUGCCACUCUUGGGCUCGAGAACACUUGUACGGGAACUAGCCCAUGACUUGAAUUUCCGUGUAACGGUUCCUUAUGGAGUUUGGUUUUACAAAGGCCAGGUCGGUGGCUGGGUAACGGAAUACGGGAACCUACUGACUUUUGCAACUGUAAGAGGUGCAUCUCACAUGGUUCCAUAUGCACAACCAGCUAGAGCUCUUCGCCUAUUCACUUCAUUCAUUCAUGGCCAAAGGCUGCCAAACUCGACACAUCCUUCGAUUAGUUAAAUGGAAAACUGGUGGUUUUCGGCAAGCUGAUGAAGGAAGCAGGCAAAGUUUCUGAAUUUGUUCCAUGCAUUUGUUAUUCAUAGGCAAAUAGCUAGCAAUAAUGAGAAUACUGGUUUCUUAUUUUAAGCAAGUUGUUGUAUUUGUUUCUUGUAGGCAAAUAUGGUUCUAACACAGUCAAA